AUGGGUGUGAACGGCCUCUGGACCGUCAUCCAACCCUGCGCGCGCCCGACCAAUCUCGCAACCCUCAACCGCAAGCGCCUCGCCGUCGAUGCCUCGAUCUGGAUAUACCAAUUCCUGAAAGCCGUGCGCGACAAAGAAGGCAAUGCUCUGCGCAACUCCCACGUCGUCGGCUUCUUCCGUCGCAUAUGCAAGCUGCUGUGGUUUGGCAUCCGCCCCGUCUUUGUCUUCGACGGCGGCGCGCCCGCUCUCAAACGCCAGACGAUUACGGGUCGAAAGCAGAGAAGAGAGGGGCGUCGCGACGAUGCCGUCCGGACCGCCGGCAAGCUGCUUGCCGUGCAGAUGCAGCGCAUAGCCGAGGAGGAGGGCGAUAAACGGAGGAGGAGGAUGGAGAUGGAAACCCAGGGGGUGCCUGAGGUCGAGGAAGAGGUCGAGGAGAUCCCGGACGCCGAAAAGCUGGUGUACGUCGAGGAGCUGGGCAUGGACCAGCAGCAGAGGCAGCAGAACAGAAAGUUCUUCAAGCAAGAUGCAUACCAUCUGCCCGAGCUGAAUGGCAGCAUUGAAGGCAUGGGCCGACCCGAAGACCCGCGCAUCAUGAGUAUCGAGGAACUGGAAGAGUAUGCAAGGCAGUUCAACACCGGCGAGGAUAUCAACGUCUACGACUUCAGCAAGAUCGACUUCGAGGGUGAGUUCUUCAAAAGCUUGCCACCCGCCGACCGGUACAAUAUCCUCAAUGCCGCCAGAUUGCGGAGCCGAAUGAGGAUGGGAUUGGGUAAAGAGCAGCUCGACAGCAUGUUCCCGGACAGGAUGGCAUUCUCGAGAUUCCAGAUCGAACGGGUCAAAGAGAGAAAUAACCUGACGCAACGACUGAUGAAGGAAGCCGGCAUGACUGGGUUGGAUCUAACAAUUGGCGGGAGCGCACGCAUCGCGGGUGAGAGGGAUCGCGAGUACAUCCUCGUCAAGAACGACGGGGUCGAAGGCGGCUGGGCACUCGGUGUGGUCAGCAGGGAAAAAGACCAAGGCGAGAUCCACAAGCCCAUAGACGUGGAUGCUCUUGAGUUCCAGUUCCAAGCCAAAGAAGAGGAUAUGGAAUUGGAAGACGACGACUUUGAAGACGUCCCUAUCGAGGGGCUGAAUCGGUUACCCAAAGCCAAUGAACAGCCCGGAAUCCGUGAUGAUCUUAUUGACUCGGUUAUGGUCGAUAAGAACGAGGACUCCCUGUUUGUUGGAGGAGGUGCCGCGAACACCGACAUGGAUGGACUCUUCGCACCACAAGACGAUAACGAGAGGUUGUUCGAUGACGAGGAAGAGGAUAUGAAUCGAGCCAUUGCCAUGUCUUUGAAAACCCAGCACGGUGUAGGUGCUGAAGAAGAAGAAGAGGGGGAUGAGGAGGAAUUUGAGGAUGUUCCAGCUCCAGUAUGGACCCAGAAGGCCGUGCAACAACCAAAGCCAGUUGCUUCUAGGAGCGGCAACAUGAUCGCACACAUUGUCAACAACAGAGCAAACGCUGCUGUCCCUAAACGGCGCCAAAGCAACGCGAGCAGUGACAGCGAUGUUGAUCUGCGCGCUGCAUUGUCUGCUGCGAAGAAAAAGAAAGCCACAGCCUCCAAACCUCAACCUGCUCCUGCUCCUGCUCCUGCUUUUCCCAACGUGAAAAAUCCAUUUGAUGGACCACUGCCUUUCGAGAAACUAGAUUUGAGGUCUAGCAUAUUUGCGAAGAAGGAAACGAAGGGUCCCACGAAGCCGUCGAAGAAUGAAGCCGAGGCCGCAACAAACUCAGACGAGGAACUGGCUGGUGGCUUCAUUCAGGAUACGGAAGAAAACGAAAAAGCCCGGCCGCUUCCGCCGUGGAUGAUGCAAGAUCAGACCGACAUUCGUGACAACAUGAUAGCUCAACGGGAACGCGAGAACGAGAUGAACGAAGAAGACAGACAGGCCGCACUCGAAGAGGAGAGGCGGCAGCAUAAAGAAGCGAUCAUCGAGAUUGAAUCGUCCGACAGUGGAAACGAGAGCGACCUUGAGUUCAUUGAACCUCCAUUGCCUGCGCGUCAGAAGAGCCCAGUUCCGGCAGAGGAGAUCCAUGAUUCUCCACGGCUGUCGCCCGCCUCAUUGACAAAAGUCCACCCUCCAGUUGGUGUCGACGAUGUUCAAGUAGAUGAUACGAAACGAGCCAAUAGUUUCCCAGAACAAACCCUCUCUGGGGUCCAUUCACCAGACAGCGUUACGAGCCCUAAAUCUCCGUCCAAAUCAUCUUCACCUGAUCCAGAUUUCGAGGAAGUUGACAUACUGCAGCCCGCAGCCGAGCCCAGUGACAAAGCGACCGCUUUACCUGAAGAAUCCCCAGAACUUGUAUUCGAGAAUGUACCUGAGGUCGCGCCAGAACCUGACCAGAAUCCCGAAGAACCCGAAUCAGUUCCCAAUGCCGCUAAUGACGUGCUAUUUGGUGACGCUGAAUUUGAUGACGAGUUCAGCGAUCCGGAGGAAGAGGAGUUGCUCGCUCAGAUGGCAGAAGAGGCCGAAGAGCAUGCGCGUUUCGCCAGUCAGCUGAACAACAAGUCGGAAAGGGAAAACCAGGACGCUUACGAACGAGAGCUCAAGGCCUUACGUACACAACAAAAGAAGGACCGUAGGGAUGCGGAUGAAGUCACGCAGAUCAUGAUCACCGAGUGCCAGGCCUUACUGCGGUACUUCGGUAUUCCCUACAUCACAGCGCCUAUGGAAGCCGAAGCUCAGUGCGCCGAACUUGUAAAUCUGGGCCUGGUCGACGGAAUAGUCACAGACGAUUCCGACACAUUCCUCUUUGGGGGUACCCGCGUCUAUAAGAACAUGUUUAACAGCAAUAAGUUCGUCGAAUGCUACCUCGGCAGCGAUCUGGAGAAAGAGCUUUCCCUUUCCCGCGAGCAGCUCAUCUCCAUUGCGCAACUGCUAGGCUCCGAUUAUACAGAAGGACUACCAGGUGUGGGACCAGUCACAGCAGUGGAGAUCCUCUCCGAGUUUCCCGGUAGGGACGGACUCGCCAACUUCCGAGAGUGGUGGCAAGACGUCCAGGUGCACAACCGACCCAAGGAAGCCGACCAGGCGAACACGUUCCGCCGGAAGUUCCGCAAGUCGCAGGGCACCAAGCUCUUCCUGCCGCCCGCGUUCCCGAGCCCGGCCGUCUUCGACGCCUACCUGCACCCCGAGGUCGACAGCGCGGCGGAGCCGUUCGAGUGGGGCGUGCCCGACGUCGAGGGCCUGCGCCGGUUCCUCAUGGACACCAUCGGCUGGAGCCAGGAGCGCACCGACGAGGUCCUGGUUCCGGUCAUCCGCGACAUGAACCGCCGCGAGGCCGAGGGCACCCAGAGCAACAUCACGCGCUACUUUGAGGGGUCCGUUGGCGUCGGCGCGAAGCCCAAGGAGGCGUUUGCGCCCAGGCAGCGAAUGAGGGGGAGCAAGCGCAUGGCUGAGGCUGUCAACAAGCUCCGCGCGCACCAUGCAGGUGGGGACAGCAGUAAUGUGGCCUCGGAGGCGGCAGUGGAGGACGAGGGGCUGGCACCGGCGGCGCAGCCUGGUGCGCGGAAGCGCAAGGCGAAGAACACAACGGUCGUCGAUGAUGACGAUGAUGAUGAUGGGGACUUUGUUGACGAGGAUGGCGACGGCGAUGGCGUUCGGGAAACUGCAGGCAGGAAAAGGGGUAGAGGGAAGACUAGGGGGAAGACUAGGGGCAAGCGGGCUAAGGCGUCUACGUAG